GCUUACGAUUUUCCUUACGAUAAUAUGACGAUAAUAUUAAUAAACUGAGUUGUUUUUGACUGACUUAAAUGAAUAGCUUAUAAUGAUGAAAUUGCUGCGAAGCUUGCAAAUGAUUCGAUGAGGUAUAAUGAUCGAAGGCACACAUCACUUCCUAUCCUGCCAUUUUGCUGCUGAAGCUGAAAGAAACCUGAAGCCUGUACAGUUAAGGGGUAACGUUACGGUUAACGUUUAGGCUGUGUAUUGUCAGCCGAAAGCUCGGUCAGCAUUUUAGGAAGAGGUUUUAGCUUAUGCGAGAAUGUCGGAUUUUGACAGCAACCCAUUUGCGGAUCCUGAUUUCAGCAAUCCCUUUCAGGAUCCCUCAGUGACACAAGUAACACAAAACGCUCCCCCUAGGUUGGAGGAAUAUAACCCCUUCACAGAUACAAAGCCGGGUCCACCUGGCUCCAUCCCCAAAGCAGUGCCUCCCUCCACGAACACACAGCCAGCCAUUAUGAAACCUACAGAGGAGCCACCUGCCUACUCUCAGCCACAGCAGACACAGGACCAGGCACGAGCUCAGGCUGAACUACUCAGGAGACAGGAGGAGCUGGAAAGAAAGGCUGCAGAGUUGGAUCGCCGGGAGAGAGAGAUGCAGUCUCUUAGUGCCUCAGGAGGAAGGAAAAACAACUGGCCGCCCCUCCCUGAGAAGUUUCCAGUGGGUCCCUGCUUCUAUCAUGAUAUUUCUGUGGACAUUCCUGUGGAGUUCCAGAAGACUGUCAAGAUCAUGUACUACUUAUGGAUGUUUCACACAGCAACUCUGUUCGCGAACAUCUUUGGCUGCUUGGCUUGGUUUUGUGAGUGACAGCUCGUUCCGUUUCUUUGUCUUCUUCUUUGUGUACAUCUGCCAGUUUGGUGUUCAUGUGCUUCAAGCCAUUGGUAUAGCAGGUUGGGGAGCAAGUGGUUGGAUCUCAGCCCUCACUGGUCUAAACACAAGCAUUCCUGUGGGCAUUAUCAUGAUCCUUAUUGCUGCUCUCUUCACUGCUUCUGCAGUCAUCUCUCUUAUCAUGUUCAAAAAGGUACAUGGCCUGUACCGGACAACUGGGGCCAGCUUUGAAAAGGCUCAACAAGAGUUUGCUACAGGUGUCAUGGCCAACAAGACUGUCCAGACAGCAGCUGCGAAUGCUGCAUCUAGCGCUGCAUCUAGUGCUACACGUGGAGCAUACAACUGAUUGGCUCACUGAAGAGUGUUCCUGUUUUCUCUGUCCAUGCUCUUUAUGAUCUGAUCCUCUGUACCACCUAAUUGUACUCACAAGCCCUGGCCAGCUUCCUCAAGCCACUCUUAUUCAUGAAGUGAAUGACUGUAAGCAGCCUUCUGAUUGGCUCAGUGCACUCCAGUGACUUUACAUGUCUACACGCCCCACCUCCCCAGGCCCUUUGUCUUUCAACAUACGUGGGUGUGUGAAGGGGUUGUGCAUGGUGCUAUAAAGAGAAAAUGAGCAGAACUUUUUCUUUCUUGACUGAAUACCAGUUUCAUUUUUCUGACCUUUCUCCACAAACAAUGCCUCUCAACAGCAUGCAGGAAGUUUCGUCCAUUUUCAAGCCUUUUUAAGGUUUGACCACACUUAGCAACCCCCCUCCACCCUCCACAUACGUAUACUCUUAAACACUUCUUACUUUUUUCCAUUGGUUCCUAUAGCAGUCAGGUGUUUGGCAAGAUAUAAAGAGAAUGUACUUAAACCCUCAAUCCUAAAAAGAAAUAUCCUCUCCCAAAUUGAGCCUCUUUUGUUAUACCCUCUCUUAGCCUACUUUCCCAAAGCCAGGCCCUAUAGUUGUCUAAACAGAAAUGGAUAUGCCCAUCACCAAGAUUUGCCCUGAUGCCUAACAGAGGUGGUGAUAAGCUUCCACCUUGUCUGCUUGUACUUUGUUUCCUUGAAUGAGAUAAGAUGGGAUAGAUGGGAGAGCGACUGGAAAGGGAAGAGAAAUUACCCCUAAAAUCAUUCCCAUUCAGGAUGCACUCUACACAUGCAUGACAGAACAUGAUGAAUUUAGACCUACUUUCUUAAAAAUGAGGACCUUUAUAUUGAAGAUUUAAAUUUAAAGUGCUUUGACUCUUGUUUGAUGUCAUUUUGUCUUUCUUCUAUAAAAGCUUAAAUAACAGGAUGUAGGUCAUUUAAAUGCUUUUCUUUCAUAUGGAAAGCCUCAGUUGUUUAUUGAUGAACAAAUUCUGGUGGCAUAUACUGUACAUGUAUGUGUGAUUGUUUGUGAUGUAUGACUAUGUUUUAUGUUUGGCUGAUGCGCAUCGAUGGCAGGAAAGUAAUUAAGCAUCUGGGUACUCUCAUGUUUAGGCAUUCAAGACCUCCUGUCAGUUAUUUUUCACUCUGCUAGGGCUGCCGCUGUGGAAGGCUUCUCUCUGAAAUCUAAAUUGUAACUUUUUUAAUCAAUAUAUUAUAACUGACCUGUGAGAUGGUCUCAGCCACUUCCAUCUCAUGAGAUGAGUUGUGAAAAAUGAAAGCUACAGCUAAUAAAUUAAGAACCGCGUGUUUAUGAGUGCAUGUGUGAGUGGUGGUCCUUUCUGUUAGGAAUUUUAUUAAUUAUCAAUGGAGUGUGAUUCCCUCAGCUAAGCACUGUUGAUGAAAGACAGACAUAUUUCACCUGUUGGCAUACAGAUUUAUGUUUUAUCUCUCUGUCUCUCUCAGACUAGUUCAAACUUCUUUAUAGUUUGUGUGUGUGCUUGUGUGUUGAACUACAGUGACUUGUUAUUUUAUAAAUAAAUUUCCACCAGUUGCACCUGUAUGUUUCUACUGUUAUUUCUCAAUUUUUUUUGUUUGUGGGUUGUAAAUGCUUUCGAAGAAACAUUUGGAGAAUUCCAGACAGCAGGCUGAUAUUAUGAUGUUAACCAUGUUGCAUUGAGUUGUGCAUUUCAAUAAUCAAUGGUGAAAGUAUGUAGUUGAAACACUGAGAAGACACUGAAAAAAAUCAAUUGGUCCCUGGACUGUGGAGUCUGAAGUUAUUUAAAAAAAAAUUAAGGGAUGUUUGUAUAUUUUGUAAAAUGGUCGAUUGAUCACCUAUUGUCAUGAACUAAGCUGUAUUAUAUAAAUGCACUCUUGUCUCAUUCAGUUGCAUGUUGAGUAGUUUGAGUUUUGUAUAUUUAUUGUAUUAACACAAAAUAAAACUUAAAAGUACA